CCGCUCCCCUGGCGGAGGCACUUCCGGGACGGGCGGAGGACUAUAUAAGGGUUCGGCGCGGCGGCCGGAUCCUCUUUCGCCUCGUCUGUUCCAAGAUGACCAAGAAGAGGCGGAACAACGGGCGCGCUAAGAAGGGCCGCGGGCACGUCCAGCCCAUCCGCUGCACCAACUGCGCCCGCUGCGUCCCCAAGGACAAGGCCAUCAAGAAGUUCGUCAUCCGGAACAUCGUGGAGGCCGCCGCGGUCCGGGACAUCUCCGAAGCCAGCGUCUUCGAUUCGUACGUGCUGCCCAAGCUGUAUGUGAAGCUGCAUUACUGCGUGAGCUGCGCCAUCCACAGCAAGGUGGUGAGGAACCGUUCCCGGGAGGCCCGGAAGGACCGUACCCCUCCACCCAGGUUCAGGCCCGCGGGCGCUGCCCCGAGACCUCCCCCCAAGCCCAUGUAAGGAGAUGGGGCUGGAAAUGUGCAUCUUGAGACAUUGCCUCAAUAAAUGACUAUAAAUCUGG